CUCUCAGAGCUCAGUUAAUCCUGCUGUCAGUUGGUGCUAAGGGAGCAACCGAAGCAUUGGAUUCCCAGAGAAAGAGUCGCACAGCAGUAUAGAAGAGAAAAGAGGGAACCAAACAGGGGAAAAAAGAGGAAGAAGAAAAGGAGAAGGAAGGAAGGAAGAAGGAAGGAAGAAGGAAGGAAGGAACCAAAAGGGGGGAAAUACCAAAUCUAUGCUUGGACCUGGGCUUCUCUCUCGCCAAUGCAAAAGGGAAUAUGCAGCACAUUUUUGCCUUCUUCUGCACCAGUUUCCUAGGGGCAGCGUUGGGGGUCAAUUUCCCCAGCAACAUCCAGAUCGGGGGAUUAUUUCCUACUCAACAAUCCCAGGAACAUGCAGCCUUUAUGUUUGCAUUAUCUCAGUUCACAGAGCCCCCCAAGCUGGCUCCACAGAUUGAUAUUGUGAAUAUUAGUGACAGCUUUGAAAUGACCUACACCUUCUGCUCCCAGUUCUCCAAGGGGGUCUAUGCUAUCUUUGGCUUUUAUGAGAGGAGGACUGUCAACAUGCUCACGUCCUUCUGUGGGGCACUACAUGUCUGCUUUGUAACACCUAGCUUCCCUGUUGACACGUCCAAUCAAUUUGUUAUUCAGCUACGCCCAGAACUUCAGGAUGCCCUCAUCAGUGUCAUCGAAUACUACAAGUGCCAGAAGUUUAUGUACAUUUAUGAUGCUGACCGGGGUUUGUCAGUGCUGCAAAAAGUGUUGGAUACUGCUGCAGAGAAAAACUGGCAGGUAACAGCAGUCAACGUAAUGACAACGACAGAAGAAGACUACAAGUCACUCUUCCAAAAUUUGGAGAAGAAGAAAGAACGGGUCGUGGUUGUUGACUGUGAAUCAGAACGACUAAAUGCUAUCUUAGGCAAGAUAAUCAAGCUUGAAAAAAAUGGGAUAGGAUACCACUAUAUUCUUGCAACUUUGGGCUUUAUGGAUAUUGACCUGGGAAAAUUCAAGGAAAGUGGAGCAAAUGUGACUGGAUUCCAGUUGGUGAAUUACACAGACACCAUCCCAGCUAGGAUCAUGCAACAGUGGAAGAACAAUGAUGCCAGGGAACAACCUCGGGUAGACUGGAAGAGGCCAAAGUACACAUCUGCUCUUACGUAUGAUGGGGUUCGGGUAAUGGCAGAAGCUUUUCAGAGUCUCAGGAAACAACGAAUUGAUAUUUCCCGUCGUGGGAAUGCUGGGGAUUGCCUUGCAAAUCCAGCUGUUCCUUGGGGACAAGGGAUUGACAUCCAGAGAGCUCUACAACAGGUGCGCUUUGAAGGACUGACAGGCAAUGUCCAGUUUAAUGAGAAAGGACAUCGAACUAAUUACACCCUUCAUGUUAUUGAAAUGAAACAUGAUGGGAUCAGAAAGAUCGGUUAUUGGAACGAAGAUGAAAAAUUUGUUCCAACCAUCACGGAUCAGCAAGGUGCAAACGAAACAACAACUCUGCAGAACAGGACCUAUAUUGUCACAACCAUUCUUGAAGCUCCAUACGUGAUGCAAAAGAAGAGCAGUGAGCCAUUAGAAGGAAAUAUGAGAUAUGAAGGAUAUUGUGUAGAAUUAGCUGCUGAAAUUGCAAAACAUGUUGGCUACAACUACAGUUUGCAGAUUGUUGCUGAUGGAAAAUACGGUGCUCGAGAUUCUGAAAGUAAAAUGUGGAAUGGCAUGGUUGGAGAACUAGUGUAUGGAAGAGCUGAUGUGGCUGUUGCACCAUUAACUAUCACUCUAGUGCGAGAGGAAGUCAUAGACUUUUCCAAACCUUUUAUGAGCCUGGGCAUAUCUAUCAUGAUUAAAAAGCCUCAAAAGUCCAAACCCGGGGUCUUUUCCUUCCUGGAUCCUUUAGCUUAUGAGAUCUGGAUGUGUAUAGUUUUUGCCUAUAUCGGUGUCAGCGUUGUCCUCUUUCUGGUUAGCCGCUUCAGCCCGUACGAAUGGCAUAAUGAGGAGCUUGAGGAAGGCCGUGACCAACCAGCUAAUGACCAGACCAAUGAAUUUGGGAUAUUUAAUAGCCUCUGGUUCUCCUUGGGAGCUUUUAUGCAACAAGGAUGUGAUAUAUCUCCAAGAUCCCUGUCUGGACGCAUAGUUGGUGGAGUCUGGUGGUUUUUUACUUUGAUCAUCAUCUCAUCUUACACCGCCAAUUUAGCUGCAUUUUUAACAGUCGAGAGAAUGGUGUCUCCCAUAGAGAGUGCAGAAGACUUGGCCAAGCAAACAGAGAUUGCUUACGGGACUUUGGAUGCUGGUUCUACUAAAGAAUUCUUUCGGAGAUCUAAAAUAGCGGUUUUUGAGAAGAUGUGGACGUACAUGAAGUCAGCUGAGCCCUCUGUUUUCGUGCCGACAACAGAAGAGGGGAUGAAGCGUGUGAGGAGAUCCAAAGGGAAGUAUGCCUACCUGCUAGAGUCUACCAUGAAUGAGUACAUUGAACAGAGAAAGCCAUGUGACACCAUGAAGGUGGGAGGUAACUUGGAUUCCAAAGGCUAUGGCAUUGCAACGCCAAAAGGUUCACCACUGAGAAACCCAGUAAACCUGGCAGUGUUAAAACUGAACGAGCAGGGGCUUUUGGACAAAUUGAAAAACAAAUGGUGGUACGACAAGGGCGAGUGCGGCAGCGGGGGAGGUGACUCCAAGGACAAAACAAGUGCUUUGAGUCUCAGCAAUGUGGCCGGUGUUUUCUACAUCCUCAUCGGUGGUCUUGGACUAGCCAUGCUGGUUGCCUUAAUCGAGUUUUGUUACAAGUCCAGAAGUGAAUCAAAACGGAUGAAGGGUUUUUGUUUGAUCCCACAGCAAUCAAUCAAUGAAGCCAUACGGACAUCAACCCUCCCCAGAGCAUCUGCAGCAGGAACCAGCAGUGGAGAAAAUGGACGGGUGGUGAGCCACGAUUUUCCCCAAACCAUGCAGGAGAUUCCAUGCAUGGGUCACAACUCUGGGAUGCCCCUGGGAGCAACGGGAUUAUAAUUGGCCCUUGAUGGAUCUUCUGGAUGAGACCAGGGUCUCCCAUGCCCCAGCAAGGGGCCAAAAACAGACCAUUCAAGAAGAGGGACAAUGCAGUGGAUCUUCUAGAAGAAAUCAGAUCCAUUUCCUUUGUUUUCUUUGUGUGUGUGUAUGUGUCUGUUUAUUUUGCAGUAAAUCCACAGGCAGAAGAAAGUACAACCUGUACUGCAAUAAGGAGAGGGCAACUGGACUGAACAUAAUUUGGAGAUAUCCCUGAGACACGGUUACAGAAACACUGAGGAAGACAGCGCCAUUUUGUUUUUAACUUGGUUGUUAAUAAGUUCUUAGUGUGUGCAAUAUAUAUUUUUAUUACUAAUUCCCGUGAUGUCAGGGUACUAUCAGCCCUGCCCUGCUCAAAAGUUUAAAAUCAGGUUUAGUUUGGGAUGCAAACCAUAAAUGUCUACACUACUAACAGUGAAAGAGGGGGGACACUUCGAAGCAACAAGACUCUAUUGUGUGUUAAAAUGGUUGCAACAAGCCUGAGUAGAGUGUUGAAAGAGUUCUCCAUUCCCCUGCCAAAUGAAGGACUUCUAGGACAGUUGAAAGAGAAGCCUAAUAUGGAGAAAGGAAUAGGAAGAUUUUUUUUUUUAAAAAAAGAGUUAUGUUGUGUAUUCAAAUUUGCAAGAUCCCAGGUGAGCAGAGAUUAGUGCCACCUUUAUUCCAGAGCUUGAAAGUAGUUGCCUGAGUUAAACACAUCAUGGAAAAUAAAUUGGUGUUCCUGGAAUUUGCAUUUAACAGGCUACCACAUGGACAGGUUACCAGCCAGCCACCUAAGACCAGGGCUAUUUCCUGUAUAUGGGGAAAACCAAGAAAAUGUGUGUGUAUGUGCACGCGCGUGUGCACAUGCACACACAGGUUUGUAUGCAUGCACACGUGUACACAUAAACACAUUUCCUUGUCUGCCUUCUCAAAAAUGAAUAGGCAAAUAACAGCCAUUUUCUCAUUCUUGCACUUCUGUAAAUUUUCCUUUCUGUGGCGAUUUUUGAGUAGAGAGUCCUGCAUUGCCAAUUAAUCUUAAACAUCAGAACUAUUUUGAAUACAUUAGGCUUUUCGGUCUCUCUGGACUACAUCUGAUGGAUAUCCCGUGGAGUGACUGGGCUACAUAUAUUUAUUAUGAUACGAGAAUAAAUCAAGAUUUCAUUGAAUGAUGCCAACAAGGAAAUGCAUUCACCUAGAUUCAGCCUUCCUCAAUAUUUGUUUGCAGCUGACUCCAUUUUAAAAAAAACAAACUCAAAUCAAUUUCAGGAAUCAAAUCUUGGCCAGCAGCAGCAUCUACAGAAAAGCCAACAGGCUGAUUUUCCACCUCAUCCAUCAUCAUGAAUGGAAGUGGAGCACUCAAAACAUACCAGCUGGUACCCUGCUUCCUACUGAAAACUUUGUCUCUGAUCCAAAAUCCAAGCCUGCAAUGAAAUUCUGAAAUUUACAGAGAUGUCCAAAGCACUAGAAGGUGGACUUGUUAACUGUAUUUCCCCUAGUCACAUACAUGCUAGCACGCCCAUUGAAAUAAAAGCUCCACCAUGAACAAUAAGCUACUUGAGCAGAGCAGAACACUUUCCACUGAAGAGAUCUGUGUUAAAGAGGAGUAUUUUCCACUUCAUCAUAGGUCUGGAGGAGGCCCAGCUCUUCUUUCAGUUCCCAUCCUCAUAUAUGCAUUUGCCCAUGACUGGAUCAUAACACCAGAUUUUACAAGGGGCUAAACCUUUAUCCAAGUGCCAGUGCAAACUCCACAGGAAUUUGUAAUAUCUAAGAUCUGCAGGUAACAAUGUGCAAAACACAAUGUGCAUAGAAUGGAGGAAAAGCGGUCAAGGCUUCAGCACAGGCUAUAGACUAAAAUGACUUUGUGGUGGGGUUUGAUAUAACAUGAGUUUGUUUUGUUUUUCACAAGUGUGAUUAACAACUGGCUCUAAAACAAACAUUCAUACAUGACAUGUGCUUUUAAAGUGUCAACAGCCACUGAAGUCUGAUUUCUAGGAACUGAUUUUACCAUUCAACACUGUGUUGCUCCAUCUACUUCCUCCAUUUCUCUUAAGAUGGCACUUUCAUAAGACUGGCAAUAUGGAAAAUGCAGAUCCCCUUAGGAGGGCACAGCAUGCCUAACGACUCUUUCUGUCAGUGCCACUGGAAGGCUUCUGUCUCCAUCCCUUC